AUGAAGCCCAUAUCCCUAGACGUGGCGUGGCACAUCUUCAAUCACAGCGAACCCUAUGUUCAGUCUCGGUUCACGCGAUGCUCGCGCGCCUGGCAUUCGUUCUUCAACCCCAAGCUUUACCGACAAGAUGUCAGAACGGGGCAGUACUCCGCCGUGUUCAGGACGAUUUCCAACUGCACAGACACGCGGGUGGCCCUCGCCACGCUCAGGCAUGCUUCUCGAGCCGGCGCUGACUACAACAAACCAGCUACCAUGUUCGUGAUCGAGGCCCAACAACCCAGCCCUUUUCUCGUCACCGCCCUGUACGUCGCUGCUUCGAAAGGCUAUCCAGACAUAGUGUCAUUUCUCCUCGAUCAUGGUGCAGAUAUCGAUGGAGUCCCCGACUGCCGGCUGCGGACUCCUCUUUUCAUAUCCCUUCUCAGUCGGGAUGCAGAAACGUCCAUGCUGCUCCUCCGCCGUGGCGCGCGUCUCGAGUCUCCCGAAUUUGGGAUCAACGCGCUCCACCAAGCGGCCGCCGCUGGACUGACUGAGGUCAUUACGUAUCUGAUCGAGGAGAAAGGACUGGCGGUGGAGAGGGUUGAUAGCAACGGCGACACGCCGCUGAUCCACUCCCUGUUGUCGCCGUCGCCAGAGACGGUCAUAACCCACCUAGCGCGGUUCAACGUCGAUGUAAAUCAGCCUACGACGAUCGACACAUGGCGCAUGACGGCGCUGAGCAUGGCUUGCGAAGACGGCAUGUUCUCGGCCGCCCUGGCUCUGUUACAAGCCGGAGCAGACGCUACGGGCGAGUCGGACGGCUUGGUCGAGGGGGCUGACCCGGCGCUCUUCAUCUUCGAGCAAAAGCCACUCGAGCUGGCUCUCCUGGCCCGGGCCAAGCAAACGGAUGGAAGGACGGCGGUGGUGAAGCAACGACUCAUCGACUACCUUCUCAAGUCAGGCGCCGACCCAAACGCAACGGUCUGCAUAUCGGCGCGCUGCAACUGGACUGGGCCCCUGUUGCUAAAGCUCAUCCGGAUGAGACGCCGUUGGGAGGCCGAGAUGCUGCUUUCUUCCGGUCUCCUGGAUGUCGACAAGCGCGACUCGAAUGGCGCAACGAGCCUCAGUUGGACACUUUCCACGUGUCAUGGGAAUCCGCUCAUGGCGUCGAUCCUGCUGCGACGCGGUGCCAAGAUGGACGAUGCAGUGUUGUGCAGCAUCCUCAGUAAGCUGGCGCGGCUUGCGGACGCGCGAGACGACUGGAUCGUCAUUAGUCUUUUGACGCGCGAGCCUAAGCUGCUGAAGAUCUUCCAUGUGGUGUAUUCGCACUGUUUCUGGGUGGCAUCCCAGCGUGACGACGAGGCGGCAUCACGCUUUUUGCAGGACUCCCCACAGCUGGUUGUGCGUGUCGUCACGGAGAUGCUAAAGAACGGGAUUAGUCUGACGAAGACGGGCGUCUUGAGCAUGCUGCGGAACAAGAAGGAAGCCAGGCCAGGACCGGUCAUUGCAGCAAUUUUGUAUACGGAGAGAAAUAGGGCCUCGCGGAGGUGGUGUUAG